AUGAUGGUGGUAGGAUUUGAAUCCGUGAGCGUAUCCGUGUCCUCCGAGGCUGUAAGUGGAAACAACUGGGGCGGAGAAAGCAGAAACGUGAGAGACUGGAGCGGCAACGGAGUGGACGAAUGGGGUGGCAACAGAGUGAGCGACUGGAGCAGCAGCAACGUGAGCAACGGAAGCAACUGGAGCAGCGACGGAAGCGUAACGGGCGAAAGAGGCGACUGGAGCAGCGGCAACGUGGGCAACGGAGGCGACUGGAGCAGCAGCAACGUGGACUGGGGCAGCGACAGAAGUGUAACGGGAGACGGUGGCGACUGGAGCGGCGGCAACGUGAGCAACAGAGGCGACUGGAGCAGCGGCAACAGAGGCGUAACGGGCAACGGUGGCGACUGGAGCGGCAACGUGGGCUACAGAGGCGACUGGAGCGGCAACGUGGGCAACGGAGGCGACUGGAGCAGCAGCAACGUGGACUGGGGCAGCGACAGAAGUGUAACGGGAGACGGUGGCGACUGGGGCAGCGGCAACGUGGGCAACAGAGGCAACUGGAGCAGCGGCAACAGAGGCGUAACGGGUGACGGUGGCGACUGGAGCGGCGGCAACGACUGGAGCAGCAGCAACGGUGGCAACUGGGGCAGCAGCAACGGUGGCGACUGGAGCAGCGGCAACGGUGGCAACUGGGGCAGCAGCAACGGUGGCGACUGGAGCAGCGGCAACGGUGGCGACUGGGGCAGCGGCAACGGUGGCAACACGGGCAACGGUGGCGACUGGAGCAGCAACUCCGGCGACUCCGGAAAGUCCAGCGACUCCGGAAAGUCCGGCAACUCCGGCAACACCAGCAACACCAGCUACUGGAGAAACAACAACUCUGUGGUUGAAGUGUUGAACUCUAGAGGAAGAGCUGGUGGCCAAAGAGUGGUGUUGUUGUUGGGUGGAGACAGCGCUGUAAACUUCUGGUCCUGGACCUUGGAGUCCAGCAGAAGCGACGGCAACAGCGGCCAAAAAGCAAACGAUCUAUAA